UCAGAGGCGAUCGAGACAGCCCGCCCCGCCCCUCCCCGCCAGCCAGUGAGCGCCGCCACCCCGACACACACGGCUCUUACGCACACACAGGGAGCGAGGGAAGGGCCCCGGCGGCAGCCUGGUCUGGUAAACAGGCACUGACAUUGUCUAGCACUGGGAUCAUUUCCAUGCCCACAAAAUCAUUACUACCUCAUUCAGUCAUGUGCUGUGACAGAAUUCGUCUUAACAGAAAUGCUGCAACCCGAAUUGAGAAUCUUCUGGAAUAUAGAUUUUGAUGUCUGACCGAUUGGAAUGACCUGGGACUGUUUCAAAAUCUGGAAUAAUCUGUUAACUCGACUCCAUUAGAUUCUCAGCUUUCAGGAGUAAUCAAUAAAAUCAGUGCAAAAUACCCUUUUGCUAAAUAUAACUAUAAACAUUACUUUCAAGCUGUGUCCUACGGAGCAGUCUUCAAUUACGUUGGGUGGUUCUUAUUGAUGGAAUGUAAUCAUGGCUAAUGAGGAGAGGCAAAUCAAUACUGAAUAUGCUGUCUCUUUACUGGAGCAGCUGAAAUUUUUCUACGACCAGCAGUUGUUGACUGACAUAGUUUUAAUUGCGGAGAGCACUGAAUUCCCAUGCCAUAAAAUGGUACUCGCUACAUGCAGCUCCUAUUUCAGGGCCAUGUUUAUGAGUGGACUGAGUGAAAGCAAGCAGACGCAUGUCCACUUACAGAAUGUGGAUGCACCUACGCUUCAGAUAAUCAUUAGAUAUGCAUACACUGGUAACCUGGCAAUAAACGACAAGACUGUGGAGCAGCUCUAUGAGACAUCCAGUUUUCUGCAGGUGGAAAAUGUAUUGCAUCGUUGUCGGGAAUAUCUAAUAAAGAAAAUUAAUGCAGAGAACUGCGUGCGAUUACUGAGCUUUGCAGAUUUAUACAGCUGUGAAGAGCUAAAAGCAAGUGCAAAGCGAAUGGUGGAGCAUAAAUUCACUGCUGUUUACCACCAGGAAGCUUUUCUACAGCUGUCGCACGACCUACUGAUAGAUAUCCUUAGCAGUGACAAUUUAAAUGUGGAGAAGGAAGAGACUGUCCGUGAAGCUGCAAUGGUGUGGCUUGAAUAUGACACAGAGUCGCGAUCUCAGUAUCUGUCUUCUGUCCUUGGCCAAAUCAGAAUAGAUGCACUUUCUGAAGUAACUCAGAGGGCCUGGUUCCAAGGCUUACCCCCGAAUGACAAAUCCGUGGUGGUACAGGGACUAUACAAGUCUAUGCCAAAAUUUUUCAAGCCAAGACUUGGCAUGACUAAAGAAGAGAUGCUGAUAUUCGUUGAGGCAGCUGGUGAAAGUCCAAGUUCUUCCUUUUGUGCUGUUUGUUAUAGUCCCCAAGCAGAGAAAGUGUACAAACUGUGUAACCCACCAGGGGACUUGCAGAGGGUAGGGACACUUGUUACUCCUGACAAUGAUAUUUACAUCGCAGGUGGACAAAUACCUUUAAAAAAUUCUAUCACCAAUAAUAUCAAAGCAAGUAAACUUCAGGCUGCCUAUAGACCUGUGAAUUGUUUCUAUUUGUUUGAUGCUCAGCAGAACACAUGGGUUCCAAAAACUCCAAUGUUGUAUGCUCGCAUCCGACCUUCCUUGGUCUGCUGUGGAGGGUAUAUCUAUGCAAUUGGAGGUGACAGUGUUAGUGGGGAAAUGAACAAACGGACUGUGGAAAGGUAUGAUUGUGAACGAGAUGAGUGGACGUUGGUGAGUCCCCUGCCUUAUGCUUGGCAGUGGAACACAGCAGUUGCAGUUCAUGACUACAUUUAUGUGAUGGCCCACAAUCUAACAUUUGGCUACUGCCCACGUACAGGUACUUGGGUUGAAAUGGCUAUGCGUCAAACCAGCAGGUGUUUUGCCUCAGCUGCAGCCUUUGGAGACAAAAUCUUCUACAUUGGCGGCCUGCAUAUUGGAAAUAACUCGGGCAUCAGAAUACCUUCUAGCACUAUAGAUGGUUCCUCUGUAACUGUAGAAAUCUAUGAUGUGAUCAAAAAUGAGUGGAAGAUAGCGACCAAUAUCCCUGCAAAGCGCUAUUCUGACCCUUGUGUAAGAGCAGUGGUGGUCUUGAGCUCCCUGUGUGUGUUUAUGAGAGAGACUCACAUCAAUGAAAAACCCAAGUAUGCAAUCUAUCAGUACAACCUUGAACUGGACCAGUGGAUUCUGCGUCAGUCUGUUUCAGAGCGGGUCCUCUGGGACCUCGGCAAAGAUUUCCGGUGUACUAUGGGAAAACUUUACCCUUCGUGUCUCAAGGAAUCACUUUGGAAACCUCCACCUUCUCUGUUCUCACCAGAUGGAGCAGAUGAGUUUGAGUUGGAUGGAGAGAUGGUUGCAUUGCCAUUAAAUAGUUAGCCAGAUAUGGGCACAGUUGUCGUGGAUUCUUAAGAUGUACAUAACAAAGCAAUGUGUAUGUCGCAAUCUUCCAAAUCAGCACAGGGUUUAUUUUAGCAGAUUGGGCAGUAACUGUGUUCAGCCCAGCAUGUCAUUAAGAUUGCAUUGUAUUGUGUAAAUAACUGAGAAUCUUCCAGUUAAGUGUUGUACCUUCUAAUAUUCCUAGAUACCACCUGUUCUGCUAAUCAAAUUACCAUAUUAUUGUUACAAUGCGACUAAUUUACAAAAGAAACAUUGCUUUACUUACACAAAUAUCCCUGGAUUUGACCAUGAAAAUAUGAAAUUCUGUAGAGCUUCCCAGUGAAAAUAGACUGGGUGAGGUGGCUGACUGCGGGUCCAGUCGAAGGUUGUUUAUUAGAUGCAUGUACUCCAUUAUCCGUAAAAUAUUCCCAUUUAUCCCAGGUUGCAGGUCUUCCAAGCAGCUGGUAGUUUACCAGAUGUGUAUUAGUGGAGGCUGUGUAUUGAAUGCCAGCCUCUUGUAUUGCGGGUCUGUGUGGAGCUUCAAUCACUUACAUGUGACUCCACAUUACAAGUAACAUAGGCUCAUCCAUAUUAUGACUUCCUGCUGCUGAUAUUUCAUUUGUAAGACAAGUUUUAGUGAGUAACAGUCAGGUCUUUAUUUUGUAUUUCAUUAAUUUAAUAAGGCAACCGUUACUGUAGUGUGAUUGUGUAUAGGUAUUCUAGUUGUUAGGUUUUUAAUACAGUUGGUUUGAGUGAAAUGUUUCAAGAAUGAUCUGUACCCCACGUGCAGGAGAACAGAAGAGCCCCAGCACUGCUCUGGCUUGACAGCCAGGAUCCACUAGCAGUAGCUGGUCUCUCCAUUCUAACAUGAGCACAGGUGCUUCAUGAAAUCCCUACUAGCAUGUUCAGCUGCAUUGUGUUCCUUUGGCACUGUAUUUUGAAUGAACUUAAUUUAUUAAAAACCUUCACAUAAGUAAA